AUGUCUGCCACAACUGUGAAUGUCAAGAACAUCGCCGGUAGCACCGACGACAAGGAGAUCCGCGACUUCUUCAGCUUCUGCGGCAAGAUUACCAGCCUCGACGUCAAGGCCGAGGGCGAGACCAAGUCUGCGACCGUCACCUUCGAGAAGGAGACUGCCGCCAAGACCGCCCUCCUCCUGAACAACACCCAGCUCGGCUCGACCCACAUCUCCGUCGAGUCUGCCGGCGGCUCGUCCCCUGUCGAUGCUGAGCACCCCACCACUAACGCUGAGCGGGAUACCGACGAGAUCACACAAGAGGAGAAGCCCCGUGCCCGCAUUGUUGCUGAGUACCUCGCCCAUGGCUACGUCGUGGGUGAUGCUGCGAUCCAGCGGGCAAUCGAGCUUGACCACACACACGGCGUCUCAUCCCGGUUCCUGAAUACUUUGACCGGUCUCGACAAGAAGUACCACGCCACCGACCGAGCCGUGACCGCCGAUCAGAGCUAUGGCAUUUCCCAGCGGGCGAACACCCUCUGGUCCGGCUUGAACUCGUACUUCGAGAAGGCUACCAACACCCCCACCGGCAAGAAGCUGGUCGAUUUCUACACACAAAGCCAGAGGCAGGUCACGGACAUUCACACUGAGGCCCGCCGUCUUGCCGAUCUCAAGAAGAAUGAGCACGGUGGUUCUGCGUACAAGGCUUCCGGUUUGGAGCGCGUGUUUGGUGCUGAGAAGCCCAAGAAUGAGCCUCCGGCCUCCGGUCCUGGCGCCCCCGCCGCCCCUGGUGCUACCACCACGACCGAGACAACCCAGCCCGUAAAGCCUGCCGAGGGCGGCAUCGGCACCCAGGAGUCCGCUACUAUUCCCCAGCCCGAGAAAUCCGGUUAG